AUGCCGAUGGCUGGCACACACGAGGACAACGUCCUCAUCGCAGACCUCAACCGGCGCAUCGACGAUGAGUUCAAGGUCAAGGUUUUGCGCGGCAAGUGUCUCGGAGUGACAAAGCAGCUCAAGGGUGAGGAAGCURGUUGGGUGGAGGUUUUGCCAGCAACGCUGGAUGCUGGUGAGCAAUUGCCCUUUCACGACGGCCUUGUCGACCAGCUCCAAGGCGCGAAGGGACUAGGCGUGCAGCGCAUCUUCUGGGAUCGCAGCGAGCAGAAGAUGGUCGCCAUUGUGUGGUUUGGUGGAGCGUUGUCUGGAUGGCCGGGUGUUGUUCAUGGUGGGCUGCUAGCGACUGCGCUGGAGGAUAAGACUGCACUUGCGGCCGCUCUUGCACAUGGGGCAUCUGGAGUGUCAUCUGCUGCUGUACCGCAGCGACUCCCAGGCAGUGGAAGUCAUGCUACAAUGUCCGCGCCGACAGAUGGCACGCCGGAGCCGGUGCAGUUCAGCAUCGAUUAUAAGAAACCUACGUAUGCGAAUUACUUCCAUGUCAUUCGCGUCUCGCCCGCUUAUAGCCAGGAGGAUCAAGGAGGUGUGAGAUACGGCAUUCCUGGCGCGGAGUGGACAGCCACCUUGGAAACGAUGGAUGCACAGAUCUGCGUUCAGGCUGCGGCCAAGUUCUCUCCUCGCACCACCGCGGAACGUGUGGAGGAAACAGUUGCCGAUGUUGCGAGGUGGACUUAUGAUGAGUUCAAGCAAUGGGUGUGGCCAUCGCGACAGCAAGRAACCUUGCAAACGGGUUGA